AACAAAGAGAGCAAUAAAAAAAGUGAAAUAACAGAGGAUGUGAAACAUUGACCACGAAAAAAUAUCGUACGUAUAGAGAAGAAAGGCUUUGUUCCUCUGAAAACCUCUUAUUUGACAAAUUUCAUAAAAAAAGCUCUUAAUUGAAAGGAUUCAUCGGAUACGUUAGUGAGAUUCAUACUUUCUGCAGGAGUUGUUUCUAAAUUGGCCGAUUGACGCGUGAAUUGAUGAAAAAAUAGUCGCGUAUUUAAAAUAUACAAUUUUGUUUACUACUGCAGCAGAGUGAUGGUUUGCUAAAGUACAGUCGAGCACAAUAAAGCAAUAGAUAGGAUUUGUUUGAGAUUCAACUAAACAGAUUCAGCUGUGUUUUUUCUUAAGUCAAGUUCAGAGUUCUUGUAUAAACUUCAAUGAGCUGUUUGAAAUUCAACUGAAAGGCUGUUUACAGAUAUUUCCUCAUUUUUCAGUUCAGGCGAAAAAAGAAAGCCGUCUCUCUAAAGGAAAAAGGCCAAGUCAACUGUGAAUGAAUUUGGAGACCAACAACGGUUUUAGAAAAUGAAGGACAGAUAUUUUGGCUAUAACAUUUAAGCGGUUGUAUAAUCUAUGCUAUUCAAUCAAAAGAUAAUGGAUCAACAGGAAAUCGAGAUAGUUAGGGAAAGCCCUGUUCCUUUAGAGAGGACAUCAAGUUCGUUUCAAUUAAAUGAACAAUUUGUGCCCUCUGCUACCACUCCAAACCGGAGUCAUUCUGUGAACAAUCCACUUUCGGCUUCAAAUGAUGGACUAGAACAUACUACAUGUGAUAAAGAGGCCUCUUCUUCAGGUACAUUAAAAAAGCGAUCCAAUUCUUUUUCUUCUUUUCUUGACGCUCACUCCAAAACGACCGUUCCGUAUAGUGAAACUGAUCGAAGUCCUGGGUUAAACUGGCUAUCUGUAAAGUUGAAUAUUUUAUUUCGAUCGCAAAGAGCCCCGCUUCGAUCUUUACGAAAAUCUUCUACAUCAUCAAAUAACUCAAGAUCAGAGGGCAGCAGUACUCAGACAUUUCCUUCUACCUCUGAUAUAUUCGACACAAAGCACUUGCUUGCGACUAUUGUCCCAGAAUCCAUCCAAAAUGGCUGCUUUCUUUUUCGAGUGACUAAAAAGAAGGUACGACAGCGAAAAGUGUCACUGGAUCCGUUUACAGGCUAUAUGAUCUUAGAUAAAAACACUGGCAAACCUUACCGUAAACUAUGUGUCGAUGACAUAAAAGAAAUUCGUCAAGGAAGCGAAUCUAGAAAUUAUAGAGAACAAUUUAAAAUUUCUUACGAAAAUGAAAAGCGAUGGUUCACGAUUGUUUACACAGCUGAAGAUAAAAUGAAAGCUUUGCAUUUCAUUUCUCCGACUAUGGACGGUCUUAAUCAGUGGGUAAUGGCUUUAGAAGGCUUAAAGACAUACCGUUUAAAUGAGUUUAUUACAGGGUCUCGUUUUGUAACAAAUCACAAUGUUCAAACGAUCAAGGGAGAUGAACAAUUAGACCAUCCUUGGGAAAAAUUAGAAAAAGAUGAAACAGCGGAAUUAACCUUUGUGGAUGUACAAUGUAUGUGUCAAAAGCUACAUCUCAAUGCCUCCUUUGAAUAUCUGGAGCAGAUGUUUCGUAAAGCUGACACUCUGAGAACCGGAAAACUAAAUUUUGAAGGUUUCCAACACUUCGUUAGUAUUCUGAAAACAAGGCCAGAAGUAAAACAGAUCUUUUAUAAAUACACGGAUAAUUCGAAGGAAAUGAGUCUGGAUCAAUUUAUUUUUUUUUUACGAGAUUCCCAAAAAUCGACUAUUAAUGAUGAUCAAAUUGAGCUUGUAUAUAGCUCGUUUUGCAAAUCUCAUGACUCUCCAAUGGAUUUAAUUGAAUUUACCUCUUAUUUAUCGUCUCCGGCUAACGCCCCGUUAACUUCAAUCAAUCAAAAUAUGAAUCGCCCUUUAAAUGAAUAUAUUAUCUCUUCUUCGCAUAAUACAUAUUUACUUGGUAAACAGUUUGCUGGGGAAAGUUCAAUCGAGGGUUAUAUUCGGUCUUUACAAAGAGGUUGUAAAUGUAUUGAAAUAGACUGUUGGGAUGGCCCUGAUGGACCGGUGGUUUGUCAUGGUAGAACGUUUACAUCAAUCAUCCGGUUUAAUGAUGUUAUAGACGUUAUUAAAAAAUAUGCAUUUGUCGUUUCUGCUUAUCCUGUGAUUAUAUCCUUAGAAAUUCAUUGUUGUCCAGAACAGCAGCAGCAAAUGGCCUGUUACAUGAGAGAAGCUUUUGGAAAUUAUUUAUUAACUGAGCCAUUAGGAAUACAUGAAAAAGUGCUACCAUCUCCAGAACAACUACUGUACAAGAUUUUAAUUAAAGUGAAAUGCCAAGCAACUAUUUCAGCCUCCAACACGAUAGAUGUUUUCCAAGGCGGCGUUGUCGAUUCGUCUACGGAUACUACAGAAUCUUCUGAAUUAGAAAGCGGAGAGCGGAAUUUAUCAAAUGAGCCAAAGAAAAGGAAAAGAAAAGUAAUUAUAUCUGAACUGCAGCAAAUAGCACCAUAUGUUCGUUCACUCAGGUUUCGCAAUUUUUCUUUACCCGAAUCAAAAACGUAUAAUCAUAUAUUCUCAUUUUCUGAAAGGACUAUCAAAAGACAUGGAAAGACGAUGUUUCCGCGACUGAGCAAACAUAAUACAAAGUAUUUAUGCCGGGUUUACCCAGGUCCUUUACGGCUUGGCAGUACCAAUUUGAAUCCUCAAUUUUACUGGCGUAUGGGUGUGCAGAUGGUAGCUUUGAAUUGGCAAACUUAUGAUGUUGGCCUUCAAAUAAACGAUGCUCUUUUUCAGGCGGAUCCUCCUAGUGGUUAUUUACUAAAACCAGAGUAUCAGCGAACCAUGGAAGAAAAAGUAAAGCAAAGUAAGCAAUUAGACAAUUCACCCAGGAAAAUGUUGUUAAACAUUGAAAUAUUAUCAGGGCAGCAAUUACGCCGUGCCAAAGAGCUGUUUAAUUCGGAGACGCUUUGUCCUUUUGUGCAAGUGCAAAUACAUUCUAUGGAGGAGACACCCUUUCGGUGGACUUCAAGUGUUGUACAUCGCAAUGGAUUCCGUCCCAUAUGGCAAGAGAGUUUCCGCUAUGAAAGCGUAACGAAAGAUGAUGUCUACUCUGUCAUUCGUUUUUUGGUUCAUCAUCGAGGAAGCUCUGGUAAUGAUUCAGUAAUUGCAGUUUUUGCAUGUCCAUUGUAUAGACUUCAAACUGGUUAUCGACAUAUUCCACUUUACGACAUGCAAGGUGAAAGUUUGCUUUUUUCAACUUUGUUUGUACGCAUUGAGAAGACUGAAUUUUAACAAGAAUCUGUUUAAUGGGUAUUCACCAGAAAUUAUUUAUAAUCAAAGUCUAUUGCCUAGGGACACAACAACGGAUAAGAUAAAUAUUAGACUAAAGUACUAUAUAAACAAAAGUUAUGGAAAUAAAAUCAUAGACUGCAUAGAUAAUCUAUUUUUACAGAGAAGAAAAAGAAUUCUAGAUGUUUACACUAUUGACAAAGUCGUCUAAGCUUUUCUCGGCAGUAUUACUUCUUAGUUGUUCACGAAAAACGUCUGGACGAACUUUUUCCCAAAAAUAUUUCUGCUGCAAAUACUCGUGUUCAAAAUUAGAAACGUUUUUAGAGGUAUCUUGCCAAGCUUUUUUCGUGGAUUUUAGUUGAUUCGCUAAACCAGCAUCAGGAAGCUUUAUUAAAGGCGUCUGUUGUUCAUCACUCGCUCUGGUAUGAACGUCAGGGUCAUUGAAUCGAUUUCCAGAACUAAAUUUUGAAGGAUAAUAAUGAUAAUGAUGGUUAGAGUCUCGAGAAUUAGAAGAAGGAAAGCGUGAUUCAUAACUAGGGCGUGACCUUGGGUUGUUGGGAUGAUAUGUCCGGGAACCACUUUCGUGAAUUGAACCACUUUUUUCAUUAACUAAUCGAUGAUGGUAAUGAUCAUUUUUUUCAUAACGGUAGUCGUCUCGUCUGCUCAUUCUUGGAAAUUUGAAUUUCACCAGUGGCACAUAAAUUAAGAUCUGAAAUCCUCCUUUAUAUAUAAGAAUUUUUAC